AUGGAUGAAUUUGAUUCCGCAACGUACUCUAUCGAAUCGGAACCAGAUCGGAAACGGGUAUCCCUUGACGAUGUUAUCCUGCCAACCGUUCGACGCAGUGCAAUACAGAUUGUUUCGUUGUCACCACGCCGGCAAUCGAAGCGACCUGUGCCGCUAACGACUAUCGGUGCCGACAACAGCACCAUGCAGGUAACGAAGCUGGUACUGAAGACGCCACCCGGUAGCCCAAAACGCCAGCCGAAAACACCCGGUAUAAUAGUCAAAUCGAUACAAACGCUUGCUGGCCCGGGUCUUACCGGGAGUGGCGAAACGAACAGCGUACUUACGGAAAAACGAAACAUGUCCAUCCCGGCCUCAGACAAUCCGGCCUCAUAUCGAAUCAUGCCGAUACUUUCUCCUCAGAAUAAGGAUAUUAGAAAGGAGUUCGAGGUACGGCGAAGUGAGCGGGAGCGUGCAACGAAUGACUUUCAAGACUUCCUCCGUGAAAGCUUUAAGGAAAACAAGACUCCGCCUUCUACACCACCACCUGCUUUAUCGUCUGUAACUCCCUCCUCGACAGCUAUUGAAAUCAUCCGUAUCUCUGAUAAGGAGUCUUCAAAUGCAGACAGUACGUCUGGUAGCGUAAUGCAGCCCAAAAGUACCGACAAGGCUGGUAUUGAAAAGGCGGCAAAAGAGGUAAUUAAAGUUAUCAAUUAUGAAACUCAGCGUGCUGUGCCGAAAGUACAAAUUCAUGCUGCGACGCAGCAGGCGACAGCCGAUCAACAUUCGUCGCCAUUGGAAACACGAGAGACUGUUAAAACAUCCCACGAAAAGAUUGCAACAGAAAGUAUUAAUAACCCGUCUCAAGGUGAGGCAAUCGGUACUAGUAUUAUUGUGCAUCCAUCUCAACCUCAAGAAUCUCAUGUCGCUGUCGAAUUAGCAAAGCCACCGCCAAGUUACACGAUGCGUCCACCAACCGCUAAACACGUUCCUAGUACUACAAAAACUGCCGCAGUGGAGGAUCCGAAGAAGAAAGAGAAAUCUUACGAUCCCACAAAAGCGCGCGAAUUUAUGAAGGAACAGCAAGCGAAACGACGUUUGGAGAAAAAGGAAGCUCCGGCUGGGGCUGGCAGUAGUUCCGUUGAAAAGGAUCUUAUCAAGCAGCGACUGGAAACUCUGCGACAAAGUUCUCAGAAAUUGGUGACGAAAAAUUUACAAAAAGCUCGCAAACGUUCAGUAUCUUGUGCCCCAAAAGAAGCUACCAAUAUGAACAAGCUAUCCGCGACGAGUAAGAUCAAAAGUCCAGCUUCAGCUCAAUGCAGUGAUCGCACAUCAUCAAUCCGACCGACGAUGGGAUUACGCAAAUUUCCCUCCACACCGACCUUGCGAUUGAUAAAGAAAGAAAAAGAUCGACCAGAUACAAAUCCUACAAAUGCAUCAAAACCUAAAGAAAUUUCAUUGCAAGCGAAAGAAUCUAUACCAAACGUUCCUAAGUCACCUUCAGCCGGUAGUCGAGCUAAUGAUGCACGAAUGGGUAAAGAUUCAUGUUCCAGCAAAUCGGCAAAUCCGUCCACCGCAAGUGCGGUAAGUAAACCGAGCAUUAAACUUGGCAUUCUGCGCAAACCGGACAAUUUGACUUUGGACGAUGUUGCUCAAAGUCCAUUAAAGGAAUCGCAAGCUGUGUUAAUACCAUCAAACAAAGCGAAGGUAAACGCACAGCUCAUAGUGAUUAAUGCCGAUCAGGACAUUGCGGAACCGACCAAGGAAGCGGAGAAAGAAUUGAAGCUUCAAGUGCCAGACGUAAUGCUGGUGCCGACAAAUGCCACUGCACUGCCCGUGAAACAACAGCAUGAAAGUAGUAUUGUGAUCGCUUCUAAAGUUGAGGAAAAUGUAGCACCGGUGGCACCUCAUUCUUUGCCGGUCAAGAGCAUUCCUCCUUGGCUGAAACAAUCCCUUCGUCAACCUGAUCCGUAUCCGUUUAUAUUGGCAGUGCGAAAAAAACUUGAGGCCGUACAGCAUGUCCGUGAAGAGCAAAACAAACCCACCAAUAAUCAGGAACAAAAGAACAUGCAACAAAUAUCCAGCUCACGGUACAAUUCCUAUAUGAACGAAAUUGAAAGUGUGCCCUUCAUUAGGAAGAAAUCAGCGGCCAGUCGACAAGCUGAAGAAAAUGCUCUAAACAAACAACAAUUUAGUACAGCCCGUGACGAAGGAUCAUCGAUUGUAACGAAGAUAUCACCAUGUUCUUCGCCGAAUACUACAUCCGAGAUUAGUUCCAUCAGAUCAGACAUAGCUCUACCACUACCUCCUCUGCUCAGCAGUACCAAAAUAGAGAUACCUAGUUACGGUGCUUCGAAAACUAGCGGUCCGAUUAGUCCCUUAUCGGUGGAUAGGAUUUCUCGUAUGAAAAUUUCUACUCUUGCAGGCAGUACUACCAGAUCACCAAAUCACAGUGCUGACGCAAAGUCAGUGGAAAUCAGAAAAGAUGAGAAGGCUAGAUCCUCAAGUCCAACCCAUCCUCAUGCCCAACAAUCGCUUAACGUGUCUCACAUGGAUCGGUCACAGAAAGAGCUAGAAUAUCAGCGUUUGUUGGAGUCUUUCAAUCGAAGUCUAACACACGUGAUCGAAGUCAACCAACAGCUCUAUUCAGCGUUAAAGAAUGUUCCAACGGCGACCGCAAUCCCAUCGGUCCCUCAGGACGUACUGCGAAUACGAGACGAGAUGACGCAAACUUCCUUAACGAUACCACGCAUUUCAAUGGCCACAGUUAUGGAAAAGGCCGAUACCGACCAGCAAAGUGGGAAAGUGUCUGAACCUACCACAACUACAGCCUCAAACUACAGCGACGACUUUGAGCAUCAGAGUCAAACAGAAGCACCGCCGCCACCGGAACAAACACCAAACGACGCUGCAGCCACAUUUUCGGCAUCAUCGACGACAACCUCAUCCUCGGGUACUUCAUCAUCAUCAUCAUCAUCCUCUGCAAACAGCAGUGCGAGGAGCGAAACUGGCGAUAGUAAUACGAAAAGCUCCACGCAAUCUUUAACCUCAUCAUCGUUCAAUAACGAUCGCGCCGUGUCACCCCCAAGUGUACAAAAUCGACCCGAAACGAAUGCCACCGACGAUGAACGGAAGGCAACUAGUAACACGACAACUGCCCAUUCUAGUGAUUUCGAUUCUCGAUCGUUCAGUCUUUCGGAUAGUCAUAACAAUACGACAAACAAUCAUCCACCGAUGCCGGAAGAAUAUUUACCGUCGUUCGAGGAGAGCUUACGCAGGAAACAAUUACCGAUCGAUAAACAGCAGCUGCAUGCAUUUAGCGGUCAAACAAAAGAACCUCCACGAGAACGUAAUAUAGUGCACACGCAAGUUUCACAAGGCAGCAGCAUAAGCGAGGAAAUACAGCAGCCUAGUCAGGGCGAGGAAAGAUCGUUCAGUUUUAAACAUUCGGAAAGGGCAAACGAUCUGAAAGUGAACUCUGUGCCACUGAUGACGAGUUCCUCGGAGGAAAGUAUUAUGAAAAAUAACUCGCAAUCGCAAGCGAAUAGAGAAUCGCUGGUUUACGUGGAGAAUGCUGACGCCACUAUCAACAGCGAUCUUCUCACUGCCAUGUUCAAUAGAACUGAUUUAGAAGUGUCUAUCCUUUCUACUACCGUUUCGGAGACAAAUCUCAGCUAUUCUUCUAUUGGAAUGUUUGAUCAACUAAUUCAAACGGAACGCAGCAGAGAGGAUCACCUGGUAUCGCGUGUCCAUUCGAAACAGAAGGCUCUCCUUAAUCGGGCCAAAGGGCAACUAGCUUGGCUGGAACUACAGAAGCAACGCUAUCGUGAAAAAGGUAUGACGGAUCAAAUAACAGCCGUUAAAAAGAAGCAACGUGCGAUAUUGUUACGACUAGAAAAGGACCGAGCGGAGUUGAACCGAGCCUUAAAGUCGUCUACGGAGUCGUCGCGUACAAUGACGGCUAAUAAUCCAGGAUUGGCAUCGAAAAUGGUCGAUAGCAAACUUAACUCGUACUGUUCAUCACCGGUAGCCAAUCACUCCGGUUCGCUUACAUUGCGCAAAUCGUCCAGUAACCUACGUGUUGCUCGUCACCAACACUCUCGUACGCCGGAAAGCCCAAAUCGACGAUUUGCGGGAACGACUACAACAACUACAAGCAAUUCUAUACAAAUAGCUAUUCGUGGCCGGGAACUGGAACCGAACGAUCGUUUGGAGGACAUAUUGCUCAGGAGAGAAGAAGAAUUACGCAAACGCAAGGAACAUGUACAGCGUUUGCUUGAGUGGCAUCGAAAACUGGAGCGCGAAGAGGAAGAAUUGAUUGCGGUGGAGGAUCGAUUGCUAGCCUACAAUACUCGCAAGUUGGAGCCUGCUAAUACCUCGCGGCAAGAGAUGACGAUAGAGGAGCGAGUACAAAGGAUUGAGAAGAGUUUAAGAACUUUGCACAGCAUUCCAACGACUGUUGCUCGUAAGGAUGAUGGUGCAAUCAUCGCACAAGACCACGAAGGACGUUCCUCUGGCACGGGUGUUAAAGAACCAGAAUCCGAAGAAGAAAUCGUACUGACCGGAGGAAGUAAACUAAAUAAAUUUUGGUACCGCUUGACUGGUAUUGAAGAGCAACGAUACGAACCGGGACGAAACUAUCCAAUAACACGACUCCAUAUGGAAGCACUGUUCGAGGAUGCGAAAAGAUGUGUGCUGAAACGUUUCCAACGAAACGAUGGUCAUCUCAAAGAAGCCCUACUCGAGCAGUCGAUUAAAAUAAUUCCACGCAAAGGAAGCGAUUCGGAUGCGAAUACAACGGGAAGUGUGGAAGACACUGCAUCAUUGCAAAGCACCGCUGUUGGAGAAGAAACGGUCCGCACUGUAGAACAUCUAGAAGAGAAAGAAGUCUUAGAAAAAGAUACACUAAACGAUCUACCAACGAUAAUAACGAAGGAAACAACCACUACGGAUCAAAGGGAAGAUGUCGAGCAAGAGGAACCUGAUGCAAUGUCCAGUGAAUUGCCUCCGAUGGAGGAGGUGGACGAAAAGUGUUUGCUUUCUUCAACCGUAAACGGAUGGUCACCGAGUAGCCGAAAAAGCAUCGAAUCGGUUGAAUUUCACACAUUAGAGGAGACAAUUACGCAGCAUCAAUCGACCAUAGGUACCGAGCAGAACGUCACGGUAGAAGAAGAACCGAUGAAAAGCGAAAGCUACUCUACAACAUUCGAAGAUCAGUCUGCUUACGCUGAUGCUGGUGAAGAAAGCCAACAAUUGAUCGAAGACAUGUCCCUACCACCAAUGUUGCUCAAUAACACAUCGCUCAAAAUUGAUGAUGAGGAUUCGGCAACAAGCAGCAGCGCAGAAAGCAGCGCUACAGUGGAACUAUCCGUUCCACUAGCGACGGAAGAUAACGUAAUGGAAGAACUGCACAACCAGGAUGAAAAUGAUUUGGGAACGAUUAGCAGCGAUACAAGCAUUUCAAUCGCACAAUCCUUGGAGGAAGCAAGCGAUAGCAGUUCCAUUUCGAAUGUCACGACUCCCACAACUGUGACACCCACGGUGACAAUAGAACCUAUGGACAACAAAGAUAUUUCUAAUACGCACCAUUUGCAAGAAGACGAUAGAGAAAAUGAUGUGAAAAGCGUAUCACCGACGAGUAACCCAUUGAAUAACUUGGAGACAUUGGAAAGUUCGUACGAAGAAGAUAUAUUUCACACGAAAUCCUCCAGCAUUUCUGGUACUGCACACGGUACCCCAUCCGAGCUAGCUAAACGACUCGCCACGCUCCACGACGAAUUGGAGGAGCUGAGUGAGACGCUCGAAAGAACACCUUUAAUGAAGUCACCAGUAACAGCAGCUUCAUUGGGCACCAAAUCCGAUCAAAUGGAAGAUCAGAACAGCUCGGAAGAAACUCUAACAUUCGAGUUCGAUGAAGAUGGUGGCGGUGGAAUUGCUUCGCCCUCGGCCGAUCUUACGAAGGACGAAGAUGGUAAACCGUCCAACGACGCAACGAUGAAUCAAAACUCUGCAAAAAUAGAAGUAAAGCUGAGGUCCAAGGUGAUUGGUAGUGGCGAUACGAUUGCGAUUGUUGCGGGUUCCAACUCAGCGUACAAUCGUGACUAUCCGGCACCAUCGCAGCAGUUGUAUCACCAUCAACUUCAAAAUCAUCAAACAGAGGGCGGUAUGUCAACGCCAUCAUCCUCUGCUCCUAAUAUCGGUGUUCGAAUGCCAGACAUUAUCAACGAGGCAGAAGUACUUCGACGUCAGCAGCUACAGAUCGAGCAGGAGAUUAAGGAACUGGAGCAACAAGUCGGAUUUUUUCGCGAAAUUCCUAACAAACCUCCACCACCGUACAUCCCGCCCGCUAACGGCAGUCCACUAGCGUUGCUAUUCCCUUCCGAAACACGAAUUGACGAGCUGAUCGAUGACCGUGUUGAAGAAUUGCAUCGCGAUCGCAUCGCACCGGAAACCCUGCACUCAGACCACGUUACCAACGUGUAUGAGAAGUUAAUCCUGGACAUGUGCAAAGAAUUGUAUCACGAUCUUCGUCCGGCUGACCCGACCGUUUCCUUCCGUACGAUACCGCAUGACAAGCGGCCGCUCGUGUUCCACAAUCCUCCCGAUGCGUUGCGCUGCAUGAAGGACUACCUUCGUGUGAAAAUACGGCGGGUGUUGAACGACGCACAGCUAGCCCUACAGCAACAGCAGCACCAACAUCAACAGCAUCAGCUGUUGCUUCAUCAUCAGCUGCAACAGCAACAUCAGCAACAGCAUCCACAUCUGCCUCACACGCAACUGCACCAUCAUCACCUUCUGCAGCAUGGCCACUGCACAGCCACCAUUCCUUUUCUGUACGGAAACGGUUGCGCCAGCAAGCGUAAACCGGAUCAGGUGGAUGAGAUUCUGAAGCAGGAAACGCACGACGACGAUGCACGCUGGACCAACUUCGAUCGGGAAGAGAUCGAAGUAAAGGAUCGCAUUACAGACGAACUGCUGAAAUCGCUGCUUGCAGAAGCAUUAAAGGAUAUGGGUGAAGCGUACGAACGCAAGGGAAAAGAAGAGAGUUUGAUCCAGCGACAGGAAAGUGCCAUGUAA